CUUGCUAGAGGGCCAUUCGUCUUUCACAAGUAAACAAGCAGCGCAUGGGAGUUUAGGGCUACAGAAGAAGUUGAGAACACCAUUAUACGGCUGAAGAAAAAAAAGUGGCAUAAACAGAAAAUAUGGCAGAGACUUUAACAGAGAUUUCUGUACAUGGCCAGUUUGAAGAUGCUCUUGAUGAUAAAUCGGCCACAUUUCAAAAGAAGGAUACAUCUACUUCAGAUAUUCAAAUCGAAAACUUAGAUAUCCAAGAUGAUGAUGAUGAUGUGAGUGAGGGAGAGUAUAGUGAUGAAGAGGCAUUUGAUGAAUGGGAAGAACAUAAUUGCUCUGGCAUGAUCAAGCACAGUAAUACCAAGAAACAAGGAUCACAUCUUGGACAGAUGAUGGCAAAUCCAAAUCAACAAAGUGGGAAUAACAAGACAAUGAUGUUUCAGCCUAAUGAGAAACUUUUACAUAAAUAUAUGAACAAAAUUAAUGUUGAAAGAUACGAAGGACCAUCCCUCCCUUCAUCGGCCAUAAACACUCUCACUGAAGCUUACAGAAAAUGUGAAACAGAAAGAAUGAGAGUUAAAGAUAAAAAAGAACGUGCAACUGUGGAACAAGUACUUGAUCCCCGCACCAGAGUGAUCCUCUUUAAGAUGCUGAAUCGACAAAUCAUUGAGCAGGUUAAUGGAUGUAUUAGUACAGGCAAGGAAGCUAAUGUCUAUCAUGCAACAUGUAAAACUGGGAAGGAUAAAGCUGUUAAAAUAUACAAGACUUCAAUCCUGAUCUUUAAGGAUCGGGAUAAAUAUGUCUCGGGAGAAUUUCGGUUUCGACAUGGUUACGCUCGACAUAAUCCCAGAAAAAUGGUCAGGACUUGGGCAGAAAAAGAAAUGAGAAAUUUAUCUCGCAUCUAUUCUGCAGGUUUACCAUGUCCAGAACCAGUGAUGCUUCGAGGCCAUGUUUUAGUGAUGGAUUUCAUUGGAUCCAAUGGAUGGCCUGCUCCUCUGCUCAAAGACGUAGAACUGAGCAACUCCAAGGCCAGGGAACUUUACCUCGAUUGUGUACUGAUGAUGCGAAAGUUCUUUAAGGACUGUAAACUCGUGCACGCUGACUUGAGUGAAUUCAAUCUAUUGUAUCACGAAGGGAAGCUCUGUGUGAUAGACGUCUCCCAGUCUGUAGAGCAAGACCAUCCACGUGCUUUGGAUUUCCUGCGAAAAGAUUGCACUAACGUAACAGAUUUUUUUAGGAAGCAGGGGGUUCCAACCAUGACAGUUAAGGAGUUAUUUGACUUUAUUACUGAUCCCAGCAUUAAUGAAAGCAACAUUGAAGAUUAUCUUGAAAAAGCCCAGGAAAUAGCUAUUAACCGAAGUCUGAAGCAGACAACACAGCAGGAAAAGGUAGAGGAAGAGGUGUUCAAAAAUUCCUACAUCCCUCAGAGGCUGGAUCAGGUGGUUGACUUUGAAAAAGAAAUAAUUGAUAUUCAAACUGGUGAGAAACAGAUCCUCUAUGAUACACUAAUUGGACUCAAACCAGACUUAUCUGGUACAACACAGAAACCUCGACUUUUAGAGUCUUCUGAAAGGGAAGACAUCGAUGAUUCUGAGAAUAGUGACAGUAGCGACGAAGAAACUGAAGAGUCAAAGUUUUCUUCCUCUGCUAGACCUCGAGAUGAAUCACCCAAUAGUAAAAAGGAAAGAAAGAAAGCCAUUAAAGAAGCACAGAAAGAAAAAAGGAUGAAUAAGAUGCCUAAGCAUGUAAAGAAACGGAAAAUUAAACAAGGAAAAAGAAAUAAAAAGUGACUUCUGGAAUUAUA